CAUCGUGUUCACAUAGAAAUUGUCCUCUUGUGCCGGUUGUUGCUGGUUGAUUAUCUGUUUCUCGUAACGGUUCGAAAGUAGAUAGUUUUCGUUUGAAUUAAAGAAAUAUAUACAUAUACGUGUAUCAUUAAAACAUUAAUUGUUUUCUUUGAAAAUAACGAAGAAAAAUCGUUUGUUGUUGACCUGUCUUGUGGCUUCUUGUUUAUUUUCAUAGAAAAAGCAAGAUGGCCGAUAUCGCAGACAACGUACCAUUCACCGAUCCUGCAACCGCGAUUUCUCAGGGUAGGCGACAUCUUCUUGUACGUGAUUACACGAUGGCCGUGACUGCACUUGCCCAGGCUUGCGAAUUGCUAGCAAAGAAGCAUGGUGAUACGGCGGACGAGUUAGGCGAACCGUAUCUUCUCUAUGGACGUGCACUCCUAGGUCUCGCUAGAGAGGAGACUGGUGUUUUGGGAGGAGGAAUACCGGGUUCUGAGGAAGCUCAAGGUGAGGAAGAUGCAGAGGACGACGACGAAGACGAUGAGGAAGAUGAAGCUGAAGAGGAAAAGCUGAGUAAAGUGGAUGAAAAAGAAGAGGAGGAGGAGGAGGAGGAUGAGGAGGAAGAAGAGGAAGAAGAGGAAGAAGAAGGGGAAGAUGAAGAUAAGAAAAAUAAGAAAAAUGAAACCACAAAGACAACUACCGACGAUGGCUCUUCGAAGAAAAAUGUGAAGGAUGAACAAGAUAAAGAAAUUAAGGAAGAAGAUGUAAAAAAGAAAGAACAUGAUGAAAAAGAAAUGAAAACCUCAUCAGAACCUGAAAGUGAGAAUAUUCCUAAAAAUAAUGAAACCACCGAUGCUUUGGCAACUUCAUCGAAACAGCAAAACGGAAAAAUACAAGAAAACGGUCAACACGAUAAUACCGAGGAUAUAACUAAAGAUGAAGAAGAGGACGAGGUAAACAAUCUUCAGGUCGCUUGGGAGGUGCUAGAAUUAGCAAAGUUAGUAUUGCUGAAGCGAGGACCACCAGGAUGGAAAUUAUUGGCCGAUUCCUACCGAUUACUUGGGGAAGUAGCCAUGGAAGGAGGAAAUCACAAAGGAGCACUCAACGAUCUACAAGGAUGUUUGAAUCUAUUAGAGAAGAUCGAUCCACGCGAGCCUAGAGCUAUUGCUGAAAUUCAUUAUCAAUUGGGAUUAGCUCAUUCCUUGGGAAAUGAUUUUGAUUCUAGCAUAGAAGAAUUUAAUAAAGCUACUAUGCUUUUGGAAUCUCGUAUAAAGGAACUAGAAGCGAUCACUGAACCACCAAAGACUGACGAUCCUUUUUAUACCGUCGAGGGAGAGAUCCAAGAACUGAAAGAUCUCCUUCCAGAGAUUCGAGAGAAGAUCACAGAUAUGCAAGAUUUUAAACAGGAAGCUUGUAAGCUCGUUAUAGAAAGUCUUAAAAGUGAAGUUUCACGUGGUAGUUCGAAUGGUGCUGGACCUAGUUCAGAUACGUCAUCAUCAUCGGCUAGUAGCUCGACGAAUCAAAAAAUAUUAAAACCAGCUAGCGAUAUAUCGCAUCUCGUGCGAAAAAAGCGUAAGAAUGACGAGCCUGAAACGGAAGUCUCUUUGCCGCCAUGCAAAAAACCCACACCCGAAAAAACUGUCUGAACGUAGAAAGUUUUAAUGAUUACGGUUUAAAUAGCUAUUACGAACUUUCGCGAGACUUUCGUUGGGUGAACUAGAUUUUGUUAUACAUUAUAUUUAAUAUAGGACGAAAACAAAACUCAGUUUUUAUUUCAAUAACAAUGCCUCGAGCUUUUUAUUAUUUUUAGAAUUCUCUUUAAUAUUUCU